UCUCUCAAUAUACAAAUAAUUAACUAUGAAGGGUUUUAUUGGGUUUUCUUCUUCGGCCAUCUUCCUCCUUGUUUUACAGGCAGCAAUCUUUGUUUCUUGUUAUGAUCCCAGCCCUCUUCAAGACUUCUGUGUAGCAAUUGAUGAACCCAUGGACUACAAAUCUGCUGUGUUUGUGAAUGGGAAGUUCUGCAAGGACCCAAAGCUUGUGAAAGCUGAAGACUUUGUUUUUCGAGGACUUAACAUUCCUGGAAACACAAUGAACAAACAGGGCUCCAAUGUGACUCUAGUAAAUGUUGACCUACUCCCUGGACUCAACACUCUUGGCAUCUCUUUGGCUCGGCUGGACUAUGCUCCAUAUGGGCUUAACCCACCCCACACCCACCCACGAGGCACUGAAAUUCUCGUUGUCGUCGAAGGCACUCUCCUCGUCGGUUUUGUGACCUCCAACCCCAACAAACUCUUCACCAAAGUGCUUCACAAAGGAGAUGUGUUUGUGUUUCCCAUUGGUCUCAUCCACUUCCAGUUCAAUGUUGGUCAUGGCCCAGCUCUUGCCUUCGCUGGACUCAGCAGCCAAAACCCAGGUGUUAUCACCAUUGCUAAUGCUGUGUUUGGAUCUGAUCCUCCAAUCUCCAUUGAUGUUCUUAUGAAGGCCUUCCAAGUUGACAAGCACGUCAUUGAUGCUCUUCAAAAGCAAUUUAAAGAUUGAGAGGAAGAAGAGUUACAAAUGUAUGUAUCUCUUGGAACGGGUGUAUGUUCUUGAACUUUCA